CUGAAAACAUCAGGGGUUAACCUCAUAGGCCAACUAUGUAAUCCUGUAGUAAGUGUAAUGCUUAGGAGAAAAGAGUCCAACAAGAUUUUGGCAGUCUAACUUUGGAUCUACCCCUUGGAAUACUACUACCUCUUGAUGUUGAGGAGCCAUCUACUGAAGAUCUUCUGUGUAAAGGCUCCUCAAGAAAAAAAAGAACUUUCCAAUGAGGAUUCUCUGGAUCUACAAGGAGAAGUUGCUUUGCUGGAGCUGAGUAGAUGAUUUCAUGCAUUGGGAAGAUCUCAGGAAGCACUACCUCUGCCUGGAGUUCCUGUGGAUGCUUCUUCUUCUUUAAGGCUCGCAUGCACAUUCCACUUUGGGGCAUAAUCGAUUUGCGGCUAAUGACAACCACAUUGUGAAGCGCCUUCUAUAGGUUGUGGAAGGUGGAUUUCUGGAAAUCAGAGCUGGAUUGGAACUUUUUUUUCUCUCUCUCUCCAAGAUUUGAGGAUUGUUUUCCAUUUCUUUAGGAGUGAUCUCAUGUAAAUAAUACACCAGGGAAAGCAUCAACUAUUAGGGGUCCCACCUAAAAUCUAAGUUCCAAAAAAAUUAUGGCCCAAGCCACAAGGACGUUCCCUUUAUUGGGAUGUGUCCUGUUCUUAGGUCCGUGGCUUAUCUGUGGUCAGCUUCCCUUACCUGUAAUCUUUCCAGCAAAAAAUGAAACAGUCAUACAGUUGCACGAUUCCUUUACCAUAAGGUGUACCGGGGAUAGUGAACUCAGCUGGGAUCACCCCGUCUGGGUCGAUGAUGAGAAUGAAGCUAACAAUAUCAUCAUUCGAAGUGAAGAAAACAACAGUGGCCAAUUUGUAUCUGUGCUAGAAGUGAAGAACGCUUCUGCCCAUUAUACCGGAACCUACAACUGUUAUUACAUUGACAUCCGGGGCGAGGUCAACGAGAACGAAGGCACAGAAAUAUAUGUUUAUGUUCCAGAUCCUGAAGUGCCCUUUGUCCGAUCUGUCAUGUUUGACCACAUCAUUUUAGUAUCAGAAGAUGAAAUUGCCACUAUUGCUUGCCGGAUCACCGAUCCCAACAUCCACGUGACUUUAAGGAACAAAGAUGAAGACAAAAUUGUAGAUGCCUUCUAUGACAGCAAGCUAGGCUUUCUUGGGAUUUUCCCAACUGCAACAUAUGUCUGUGAAGCAACAGUCAAUGGCGUGGUCUUCAAGACUGAAGAUUUUAUAGUGCAAACGUGGAAAGCAAAUAAAAACAUCAGUGUGGAAAUGCAGACAACAAAGACAGUUUUCAGAUCAGGAGAAACCAUCACUAUUUCCUGCAUCGUCCUAGACAAUGAAGUUGUUAAUUUGGCAUGGAAUUAUCCAGGGCAGCACAGAGGAGUCGGUGACAAGAAAGUUGAAGAAACCAAAGUUCCUAAGCAGAAGCUGGAAUACACCCUUACCAUACCCAAUGCAACAGUCCUGGAUUCUGGGGAAUAUGAGUGUAUGGUCACCAGUGCUAUGGAGGAUAUUACAGAAGUAAAAAAGGUCAACAUGACGGUUCAUGAUAAAGGGUUUAUAAAUCUGAGCCCUCAUUUUGGAUCACUGGAAUUUGCCAACCUUCACGAAGUGAAGAGUUUCUCAGUGGAUGUUCACGCUUAUCCAAGCCCCAAAAUGUUCUGGUUAAAGGACAAUGUAACAUUAAACAGGAGCCUGACAGAGAUCACCACCAGCACACUUGCCACAGAGGAAACUCGGUAUAUAACCAUGCUGCAGCUCAUACGUGCCAAGGAAGAAGACAAUGGUCUUUACACCCUCGUGGCCCAAAAUGAUGCAGAAAUUAAAACAUACUCAUUUGAACUGCAAAUUAAAGUCCCGGCAUUGAUUUUACAAUUGGAUGAUCACCAUGGAUCAACGGGUCAACAGGCUGUGGAGUGUCUGGCUAAAGGGAUGCCUAUUCCUGGUGUGGAAUGGCUGGUCUGCAAAGAUAUAAAAAAGUGCAAUAAUGAUUCCUCCUGGUCCAAUCUGGUAACUAACGGUACAGAGAUCAGCAUGGAGACCCAUCAGGAGAAUGACAACACAGUAAAGAGCGAAGUCACCUUCAAGAAAGUGGAGGAGACAGUGGCAAUUCGCUGUGUAGCAAAGAAUGAUCUUGCUGCUGUUACAAGGGAGCUGAAGCUGGUUGCACCUUUUCUACGCUCAGAACUGACUGUAGCAGCUGCAGUGCUCGUGUUGCUGGUGAUCGUCAUCAUAUCUCUCAUAGUCCUAGUCAUCAUAUGGAAACAGAAACCAAGGUAUGAAAUUAGAUGGCGAGUCAUAGAGUCGAUAAGCCCUGAUGGUCAUGAAUAUAUCUAUGUAGACCCAAUGCAACUGCCUUACGAUUCACGCUGGGAAUUUCAAAGAGAUGGACUUGUUCUCGGACGAAUCCUCGGAUCAGGAGCCUUUGGCAAAGUAGUGGAAGGCACUGCAUAUGGACUUAGUCGUUCACAGCCUGUGAUGAAAGUGGCUGUAAAAAUGCUGAAGCCCACUGCUAGAACAAGUGAGAAACAGGCUCUUAUGUCUGAACUGAAGAUAAUGACACAUCUUGGAGCUCAUCUGAACAUAGUGAACUUACUGGGAGCAUGCACCAAGUCAGGGCCUAUUUAUAUUAUUACUGAAUACUGUUUUUAUGGGGAUCUGGUGAAUUACCUGCACAAGAAUCGGGAUAAUUUUCAAACUCGACACCCAGAGAAACCAAAGAAAGAUCUUGAUAUCUUUGGUCUAAACCCAGUUGAUGAAAGCACAAGGAGCUAUGUGAUUUUAUCUUUUGAAAAUAAUGGUGACUAUAUGGACAUGAAGCAGGCUGAUACCACCCAAUAUGUACCUAUGUUGGAGAUGAAUGAAGCAUCCAAGUAUUCUGACAUUCAGAGAUCUCUGUAUGACCGCCCUGCGUCUUACAAGAAAAAGCCUAUGUCAGAAGUGAAAAACCUCCUGUCGGAUGAUGGAUUUGAUGGCCUAACUCUACUGGAUUUACUGAGUUUCACAUACCAGGUUGCCCGCGGCAUGGAGUUUUUAGCAUCUAAGAAUUGUGUACACCGUGACUUGGCAGCUCGCAACGUCCUGCUGGCACAAGGGAAAAUUGUGAAGAUCUGUGACUUUGGUCUAGCCAGAGACAUCAUGCAUGAUUCCAAUUACGUAUCAAAGGGCAGUACUUUCCUUCCAGUGAAGUGGAUGGCACCAGAAAGUAUCUUCGACAAUCUCUACACAACUCUGAGUGAUGUCUGGUCAUUCGGGAUCCUGCUCUGGGAGAUAUUCUCUCUUGGUGGCACACCAUACCCGGGGAUGGUUGUAGACUCUACAUUCUAUAACAAGAUAAAAAGUGGCUACAGAAUGGCAAAACCCGAUCAUGCUACUCAUGAAGUGUAUGACAUUAUGGUGAAGUGCUGGAACAGCGAGCCAGAGAAAAGACCCUCUUUCUAUCAUUUGAGUGAAAUAGUUGAAAGCCUUCUUCCUGGGGAAUACAAAAAGUGUUAUGAGACAGUUCUUCAUGACUUCCUAAGAAGUGACCAUCCUGCCGUCACUCGAAUGCGAAGUGAUAGCGACAAUUCUUACAUCGGCGUGACCUACAAGAAUGAGCAUAAAAUGAAGGACAGAGAAAGCGGCUUCGAUGAGCAGAGACUUAGUGCUGACAGCGGCUACAUCAUUCCCCUGCCAGACAUUGAUCCAGUUUCAGAGGAUGAGACCAGCAAGAGAAACAGGCACAGCUCCCAAACAUCUGAUGAAAGUGCAAUUGAGACAGGAUCCAGCAGCUCCACAUUUGUCAAGAGAGAGGACGAGACCAUUGAAGACAUCGAGAUGAUGGAUGACAUUGGUAUAGAUUCGUCAGAUCUAGUUGAGGACAGUUUCCUUUAAGAUACCUGUGUCUCAAUUUAUUUUACUAACCACGUCAUGAAAUCAUACAGGAAAGACAGUGAAGUCCAGGGAUUCUAUUUUUUUACUCAGAAAAACCACUUUGUUGCAAUGAACAACAUGAGAUUGAGCAAUUUGCUUUGCCAACCAUCCACCAAGAGCACGGGUACCAGCAAGGAAUUAUCGCCUGUUACUGAGGCCCCAAUUCUGAACUCAUCCCAGUGCAUUUUAUCAAGCGGUACAUCUUAGCAUCUCAGUAUAUUUUUCCUAUAUAUAUUUUUUUUACAUUUUGUGGUUGGACAUGAGAACAGUAGGUUUGUACUUUAAGGGCAUUCUUGACUCCAACAGACAUCAACCUGCAGCUGAAUUUCACCAAUGUAUUUAUGUAAAUAGUGAAGAAAUGGACAUAUUAUUUGGACUAAACUACAAGAGACCACUCGAGAAUAUUCUAUGUGCUAUAUUUUGUACCAGGAGCUGCUGUUAUACAAUUGUCAAAGACUUUACAAACCACUUAAAGGGACUGAAGACAUCUCAGAAUAAAUGCAUUUCUUCAAAGAUGCAAAUGGACACAGGAUGGGAGGAUGUCUAUGCCCCAUCCUAAAUGUUGUUUUGUGCAAGUAAUUCAAAUAUCAGUAUUAAUACUAGAUGAAUUUUUAUAAAUCAUCAAGAGUUAUUGUUUCUAAUCCAACUGACUUUAAGGACUACCUUAACUAACAGGAAGCUGUGGGUAUUUUUCUGUGCAUUAAUACGGUACUUCUUACAGAUCUUUUAAUAUGUAACCGAACUGACUUUGGAUUUAGCAGAAAAGUAUUGACCACUAGCGUCUCCAUAGAAAAGACAGCGUUGACUAGAUUGUGAUUUGUUCUAGCAUAGUAUUUUUAAACCCUUAACUACAUAGAUAUAUGUCAUAUUUUUUAAGGAGGACUGGAUUAAUCUCCAUCAACUAUACUAGUAGAACCUAUAACACAAACUGGUAUUGUUAGUGUAUGCUUCUACCCAGCAAAUGUAUUUCUCUGCUGCGGAUUAGCCGCGCAUCCGCUUUCUAUGAACAUGACAUUAACGGUUACAUAGCUAAAGGCAAAAUAAAGCACUAACCCACUGUGCUUUCGCCCUAACUAUCAAAAGUUUGUCUCAGGAGCUUACAAAAAAAAAAGUCUGACUCCUCCAAGACUCAAUAAAUUCCCAUUAGGGUAGAUUUCCACUUAAUUAUAAAUUUCCCCCCCAAAAUUGCCUAAAAUGCCACCCUGUGUCAAUAGGGAUUUAUGAAAUACCAUAUUUUUUUUAGUUAUUAGGGUAGAUUUCCACUUGGUUAUUUAUUUUUUCCCAAAAAAUGGCCCAAAAUUCCGCACUGUGUCAAUCGGGAUUUAUGAAACACCAUAUUUUUUUUUUAGUUAUAUAGUUUAUAGUUUGUUUUUUUUUUACUCCUCUUUGGCGUUUUUCAUCAUUUUUGGGCUUAGUGUGCGAUUUUCAAAAAUCGCAGCAUGUUGAGACUAUGGCGUUUUUUUUUCUUUCUAUGAAAUCAUGGCGUUUCUCUCUCUCAUAGAAGUCGAAAAAAAACACCAUUAAAAACACAAAGCGGGUUUAACAUUGGUGUUUUGUUCUGGAGCUUUUACUUCUUUUUUUUUUUUUUAUUAAGAGUUAAAAAAAAAAAAAAAAAGGGGUGGACACAGGAACAGGAAAAACUGCCAAAGCAAAAAAAAAAACAAAUUUCCACACAAAGGCAAAAAUGUCAGGAAAAUGGUAAAAAAAAACGCAGUGGCGGUGUUUUUAUUUUUUGAGCCAAAAAAUCAAGUGGAAAUCUAGUCUUAGUCAAGAAUUUUUUUUUUAAAUUUCAAAUAUGGGGGCUUAAUUUUUU